CAUCCCCAAUCACCUCUCUCUCUCUGGCAUUGACAUAUAUACUGGCACAAAAAUGGCAAGUUUUGGUGCUGGAAUUGUGAAUCUGCUGAUGAUGGUUGUGUGUUCAGCAGUGCCUAGUUUGGCCACAGUUUACGCAGUUGGGGACUUAACGGGAUGGACAAUGGGCGUUGAUUACAGCGCCUGGACCACUGGAAAGACCUUCAUGCUUGGUGACACUCUAGUGUUUAAUUAUGGAAGUGGGCAUACUGUGGAUGAAGUGAGUAGAAGCGACUACAAGACUUGCACUGUGGGGAAUUCCAUCACCACAGAUAAUAGUGGCUCCACCACCAUAGCUCUCAAGACUGCCGGCACCCAUUACUACAUUUGUGGAGUAAUUGGCCACUGUGGCAGUGGCAUGAAGCUGGCAGUCACCGUGGCCGGUGGAGCCGCCUCUGCCGCAGUGCCGCCUCCUGGUAACGCCACCGCCGCUGCUGCCUCAACACCACCGACAAUGGUGGUUACCACGCCUCCCGCCACUGUUCUACAGUCAUCUUCAGCCGCCGGGACCCUCUCUCGUGUUGUACCUGUUCUUGUUUUGUCGGUCGCAGUGUUUCAGUUUGCUCUCUCACAAUUGUGAAAAGUCCCUUACCCCGCUCUCUCAUUGUACUAGAUCGAUGUCACCACCAGAAUGCUAAAUUUAGUAGCAUUACUGUUAUAAUGCCCAGGGCCGAUCAAUAUUUGAGUUGUACAGAAUGUUUUACAGGGACAA